AUGUACACCACUAUCGAAUUAAGAUCUCAAGUGCUCAUAUCUCAAUGCAUUGCUGGAGACAUUUUGUGUACCAGGAACUUCAUGCUGCACUGCACAAACAUCACAUUCUCGCACAUUGCAGAGAAACUUGCAAUGGGAUGCAUCACUAUUGACCCCAGCAUCACCAAAGCCAUGGAACUUCAGAGAGGGGCUGCUGCUUCCACCUCUAAGCCAAAGCCCAAGAUCAAGGCAGUCGCUGACUUAUUUGAGACAGUGAUUGAGGUGUAUUACCUUGAGGAUGGAUUCGAAGCACUUUGCACCCCAGUACAGGAGCUCUAUAAGCCCCUGAUAGAACCUUUGAUCUGGACACAUGAGAAGAUCCUGGCAUCACCCAUGCUUGAGCAGGCACAUGCAGAGUUGCUGGUGAUGAACAGCCUAAGCAUGGAGCUGGGGUCCAUUGACCUCAUCGAAGAUCUUAACCCUUCAUCACGCAUACAUCCAACGAUGCUUGUGAAGGAUGAUGCCGAUGAAGAUCACAAUGUGCAGGAUCAUCACAUUCCUGACAUUCCUCAAGAGCAAUACAUGGACUUUGAUGAGUUUCUCAUAAUCAAUGCAACCUCAUGCAUGAAGAAGGUUCUCAACUUUGCCCACGUCUCAUCUUAUUCAGCACACGAGUAA